UUACGGAAAUUAACGAAGGAAACGAUUGUCAUCUGAUCCAGUCGAGGACGACGCUCGUCCUUUGAGAAAAUAAAAUACUGUUUUAGAUUAGUGUAUCGAAAUUGUUUAUUUUAUUAGAAAAGAUAAAGUACAAGAAUGCCAUCCCUUUUAUUCUGUGGUCCGAAAAUGGCCGCUUGUGGAAUAGUGAUCAGCAUAUGGGGAGUCAUCAUGCUGGUGAUGUUGGGGAUCUUCUUCAGUGCAAAGUCUGCUGUAUUGAUUGAGGACGUGCCCUUCACAGAGGAGGACAUCCGCAAUGAUAAGAACCCCCCGGGGACCAUAUAUGGACUCUACAACCAGGUGGGCAUCAACUGCUUCAUCGCAGCAGCCAUUUAUGUUGCAGUGGGAGCGGUGUCACUCUGCCAGGUUCGACUCAACAAGCGCCAGGAGUAUAUGGUGACAUAAGUUCACCUGCAGCAUCAGAAGAUUACACACACACACUCUAUUUCAAGUUCUCAAGGGAAGCAACCUUAUAAAAAGCUAUUUAUUUGUAACUUCAGAGUAAAACAUUCAACAUAAGUCAUGUCUGUUAUAUGCUAAUGAAUCAUUCCUUGUAUUUGCAUACAACUAUUUAUUGAAUUGACCAAAAAUGCGAACUGUCAAUUGAUCAUGGUGAAUAAAAUUGUAAAUCUUGUUCCCCUCAAGGACCAUUUCAGUGCAUACAUCAUGUGUGCUAGAUAACUCAACACACAUUCCUAGAUGCAACAGACAACUACAACGUUUAAAAAAAUAUAUAGAACGAUCUCUUUCAAUAGAGCAAUCGUAGUUCACUGCAAAUUCAUAAUGGUCAAUGUUUGUCAAAUCAAGAGAUGUCAAAAAUGGUUAAAUAUGUACAUUUUGUGUACUGUCUUUCGUGUUUGCUGUUGUGAAUUAUGCUGUUGAGAUAUAGCUCUUAAUUUGUUAGUCACUUGUGUAGUAGUUCCUCAGAAAAAUAUGGUGCACCAAAUGUUUGAAUGAAGUAUUUAUUUAAUGUGUUUGUUUUCCUAUCUAAAUGGUACUUGAUGUGAAGGACCUCAAUCUCUUGUAGAUGUUCCCUGCAAUAAACUGGAAGGAUAAAAAGGAAA